AUGGUACCCCAGCCACCGUAUCUUGGGCAGAGAUUUGAUUCGUUUGCAGAUGCAAAGGAAUUCUACCUGACAUAUGCAAAGUUCCAUGGGUUUGCGGUCAACACCGAAUACCAUAGGAAAAUUAAAAAAACUAACGAGUACAGCAGAGGUGAGAUGAGGUGCUACAAGGCACGAAGAAACAAGAAGGGCAAAGGUGAUGCGCCUGUCGUUCCGGAACGAAAGAGAGAUAUCAUUGUCAAGACAGAAUGCCCUGUCCGGUGUAAGCUGAACGUAGAUGGAGCACUGUGGGUGGUCACUGAAUAUUUUGACGAGCACAACCACGAGCUAAUAAAGAAGUUUGACCCGAUACUCUCCCUCAUCCACAACAAAAAUGGGUCUCUUAGUAGCAUGCCCUACCUACCAGCAGACGUCACAAACCUAAAGGCAAAGUACCAUAGAGAAAGCAAGUUGCUUGACAUGGAAGCCACGAUAGCCUACUUCGAUGAGAAAGCGAAAGAAGAUCAAGAUUUCUUCUACAGGAUAAGAUUGGACGAUGAGGACCGUGUCAGGAACAUGUAUUGGGUGGAUGGUGCUGCAAGAAGAUCCUACAAACAUUUCCGAGACUGCAUUUCUUUCGACGCGACAUAUCUCACUAAUAUGUACAAGAUGCCAUGCGCUCCAUUCAUAGGAAUAAAUAACCACAAUCAGCCAUUGCAGUUCGGAUGCGGGCUCGUUCGGAAUGAAGACACGGGUGGGUACGUCUGGCUGCUCAAGACCUUCUUAGAGUGCAUUGGUGGACUUGCUCCGAUGAACAUAAUAACAGACCAGGAUUUUAGCAUGCGUGCAGGCAUAGAGCAGGUCUUUCCGUUGGCAGUGCACAGGCACUGCAGGUGGCACAUUAUAAAGAAGGCUGAGGAGACACUAGGACCAUUCUUUGCUGACCGUCCAGACCUGCACAAGGCAUUCGAGCUGUGCGUGGACCGCAGCUUAACGGUGGAGGAGUUUGAAAGGAGCUGGAUGGCUAUGAUUGAAACAUAUCAAGUCCAAGACCACGAGACGCUUGCUAGAUUGUGGGAGAAGCGAAUGUACUGGGUGCCGGCCUACUUCAUGCAGUGCUUCUUCCCGUUUCUGCAGACUACACAGCGCAGUGAGGGGUUCAAUGCUGUUUUGAAGCGAUUCCAGGAAGAAAUAAAGCGUGCCAGCAUGUACACGGCUUUCCAGGUGGACGAACAUACGUUCAAGGUGUGUUCUAUCAUGGGCAUGUCGGAUUCAGAACCUGAAGACCCAGACAAGGGAAGGAACUACUUUGUGAAGGCAUCGAUAAGCGAAGGACUUUGCGAAUACUACUGCCAAUGCUGCAAAUUCGAACGGGACGGGAUUGUGUGCUGUCACAUUCUAAAAGUAAUGGACUUGAACGCGGUGACACGAAUGCCCCGCCAUUUCAUAAGGCGGCGAUGGACUUGGGACGCUGACGACGCAUUGGCGCCGCAAACAUCAAACGCAGUUUUGGCCGUGCAUGACGAGAGACCAGAGUCAACCAUGGAAGCCGUGAGGCACGUUGUGUUGACAAAGAACUAUGCUGAACUAAUUGAUGAAGCGUGCAAGAGUGAUGAGACAGCAAGGGUCGCAGAAAAACACAAGAAGGCCCUCAAAAGAGAGCUUGAUGAGAUCAAGAAGAGGAAAGCUGAGGAAGCACAGGUUCCCCCGCACAUCAAGUGUGCCUUCGUCCACAGGGCCAUCAUCUGA